CUAUUGAACUUUAUUCAUUUUCUGUUUUGGGGUUUUGGUAGAUGGCUUUUACCUUAUUCUUAAAUUCUGAUGAUAUCUUACGGGAGCCACAUAUAUGGAAUUAGAGAAUCUCUAGUUUCUUAACAGUUUUAUUGAGAUGUAAUUUACAUACCAUGAAAUUAACCUGUUUUGAGUGUACAAUUCAGUGAUUUUUAACAUAUUUAAAGAGCCCUGCAACCAUCACCAUAAUGGAAUUAGGCGAUUUUUUUUUCCUGGUAAUUGCCUUUACAAGUCUCAAAAGUUUGUCUAAGUGGACAUUUUGGAAAUACAACCUAAGAGCCUCUGAAAAUCUACACUCAAGUCGUGUUAUACCUGAGCAGGUGAAAUUAAGAGGAGAAUUGAAGCAAAUGUUCCUAGAAGUUGCAGGAAGAAGAAAAAAGAUCUGAGUGAAGACACUGCAAGCAAAGAAGUGCGGGCUUACCAGGAACUGAAUUGACUGGUACCUUGAUCUUGGACUUCCCAGUCUCCAGAACUCCCCAGUCAUACCUUCAGAUGUUUACAUCUCCACGUGACAACUUGACAGCAAUGUCACAGGAGACCCUGAACCAGAUCACUCAACACAGAAAUACAAAAUCUUAGAAGUGGAUGCAAUAUUAAAGUUCAUAAACCAAGUUUUCAGUCAACAUUCUUUACAGUAUAUUUAGGAUAAAGAUGAAGCUCUCCUGGCCAAGAACUUUGAAAGAUACAACAUUUUUCACUUUGAAGGACCAAAAGAUGGGCAGAAAAUUUGGGAUAAAUGUCGAAAAGAUUUGAUCCAUAAGGAAAAACAAAUAUCUGAAUCAGACACACCUCUGUGUUCAUUCCACUGGAAAACUAAAACUGUGUGAUCCCACUAUCAGAAAUUUCUUAGUCAGUUGUUUACUCUUCCCAGCAACAGUGUUGUCCCCAUACCAGCCAUGGAGGAAGCUGUGAAAAAGAGGAUUCAGGAAAUUGGUGCAAAUGAGCCAUCUUGGAAGUCUGACACAGUGAGAAGUCAGCAGUCUGCAGGCCAGAAGAGGGCUGUCACCAAAACCUGACCACGCUGCACCGUGAUCUUGGAUUUCCAGCCUCCAGGAUAGGAAGAUCAAAGAGGCCAGAAAAGUGUUCAAGGGCAAACAACUGGCUCAUCAGUUCAAGCAGUAACAUAUGUGAAAGAAGCACCUUCUCUCUGUACACAAAAGACAAGGUCUAUAUUUUUAAUAAAAGCCACUAAUGCACUUUGUUAUACAGCAGAAACUAACACACCAUUGCAAAGCAAUUAUACUCCAAUAAAGAUGUUUAAAAAAAAAGCCACUAAUGCAAUGUGCGUCACUGGAGUGUUAGUUGAUGUGGGUCUAAAGGACAAUGUGAGACAUUUCUAGUAACUUUCCACGAUAUGAACAAAGAACUUGAAAAUGUCAAAUACAUUUACAAGUAAAAAAAAAAUUAGUUUUUUUGAAUUCUAAACUCUUUGGAAUCAGACAGUCUUAUUAGAAUCUGUGGUCCCUUAAGCCAUGUAUGUCUAUACCCUAUCUCCUUUUUGACCUUAUUUCUGGGAAUAUUACACUGUCUGACCUGUUAUUAAUAUUAUAUUAUUCUGUGCCAGAAGAGGUAAGGAAGCUGCAUUUCUAGAAUUGCAUUUGAGUCAUUUGUGAAAUUGCAUAUUACAAUUUCCCACCAUUUCUAACAGUUCUUUAACAUUUUCUUUCUCAACUGGGUAUUCAAAUUCAUGUCAGUGACCUCUAGGGGCUAGUUGCUUUUCUAGCUCAAGAGAGAAUUUCUUAAAUCAGAGUUGGGGCUGAGGACAGGAACGUAUAUUCUUCACACUGUUUGGUUUCAGUGGAUAGAAAAUUAGAAACUCAAGGUAUGCGAGAGAUCUGUGCAGAAUUUAAGUACCUUCAAGGAGCAGUAGAAGGACAAAAAGUUAUUUUACCUGUAUGUUUGCAAAUGUCAAAGACCAAGACUGAAAAAAAUAAGGAUGACUUAUAAGGAGUUGGCUGCACUUGCUGGCUGCCCAGGUGGUUCAUUUCAACUGCAGGUCAGAAUAACCUUGUCCUGUGGUCUGUGUGCCCAGGUAUCAGGUUAGGUCUACCUUGCUGCUUAUGUCCUUGGUCACCUUACUAGAGGCUCCAGUCAAACACAUGUCAGUAAGGAAUAAAGUUAUGUAAAUAUGCACACAGGUGGUCAGACCUAGACAAGAACUUGGCAAAAAUUCAUUCAGCAAUAACCAGGCUCUAAAGGACAAAUAUGCCUCAGUUUACAUAACAAAUAAGAAAAACAUUACAGGAUAACAGCAGAGAAAGCAAAGGAUUAGCAGGUAGACAGAUGAUACUGGGUUGGAACUUUCACUCUGCCACAUGCACAUGGGUGAUCUCACCAAAAAAGUCAUCUCUCUGUGCCUCAUUUUCCCCAUCUAUAAAGCAGAGGUGGCCACAGGGUUGUUAUGAGGAUUAAAUGAAUAAAAUGAACCAAUCUGUGCAGGCCUGCCUAUUGUGGUACUGGGGCCGGAAAGAUUGCGUAAAUAUUAGGUUCAUUUUUAUUUCUACAAAGGACAUGAUCCUGAAGAGCUCUACCCAAAUUCAACUUUCAAAUACCAAAUUCUAUUUUACGAACCCUGAUUCAUGAGCAGCUGAGAUAACCUCUAAUACAUUGCAUUAGUGAUACCACCUUCCCAAUUCAUCAACAUCAAAUAAAUGUGCUAUUGCAGGUGCAAUGAAUCUUUCCCUUCUCUUUUAUUAAUUCCAUAACUUUAGGGUUUUAUCUCUCAGAUCCUCUUAAAACAGCAAUUUAUACCCACAUAAUAUGAAGAAGGAGCCUGAUCUUGUUAUACUUUGGAGCAGGUGGGAGCAUCCCAGGACCUAAAUCCUCCCACUUGGCCUCAGCCUGAGAAGAGAAAGAGUGAUAAUCCCAAGCCAUCCUAUAGCAUGACACUCUUCUAGUCAUUUGUAAGACUCCUCCACCUAUACACUUUUGCACAUCAGCUUUUGCUUUCUUGUCUUCAACAGGAUUUUAUUUAUUUAGCCUCUUGCUAGUUUCUUUGCUACAGAAAAUCCUUCCCCUUUUCCUCUGAUCUUUCCAAAUUGAAGCCUUCAGCAGGUAUUUGUUGAAUGCCUGAGUGGUAUUAGGUGGGUGCUAUGGGCACCAUGCUACCACGCGGGUACUAGAGACACAAGACGUGCACGGUGCAAUCACAGUGCAGGCGGUGUUGACAGGCAGGCUGACCACUGUGGGGGAGGCAGUGUACACGUUCUGCUGGGCUGUCACAGUCUUCACUUUACUUAGGCUCUUGGCUUCUCAAGACAGAGAAAGGGUGGGAUGAAAAGAUGAGGAAGGUACACCCCAAUGGAGAUGCUUUCCUUUCUCCUACAGCAAAACGUGCCUCUCUUACUCUGACUUCCUUUGAUUUCCCAGGUGACAUUUAGCUCAUCUUGCAAGCUCAUCUCAUGAGUUUAAUUAUAAAUGCUAGUAAAUUAAUAUUACCCAUCAUAUAUAACAUAACUGAAUUUUAACAAUCCAAUGCUUUAACCCCAAAGGAUGACUGAAUGGUGAGGACUUCAGUCCUUGUUGUAGAAUAUUUGGGGGAGAGGAAAGCCUUUCAAUGUCAUACCAUGUGGGUGCUUCCUUAGGCAGGUCAUGAGUGAGGUGGAAAUGAGGUUGGGACCCAGCUGAACAGAGGCAUGUCCUCAACACUAGAUUUCAGGUGCUUUUUAGCCUAGCUAAUGGUACUUAGCUGUUUCAGGAAUCCCUUCUUAGUUUUCGUCUUGGUUUGGGGGAGUUGGAAUAGUCACCCUCCCCACUCUCUGCGUUCAACCUGGCAAAGGUUCCAUCCCUAAGGUACCAUUAUCUUUCUCGAUCCACAGGGUGAGUCAGAAGGAAAUGUACUCACUCCCAUUCAUUCUCUUUGCUUAAUAUUUCCCGCAAUGAGGUUUCCUUGUGUAACAAACAGCUUCUGUGGGUGUUUGAGGGUCUUUAAAAAGAGAACAUGCUGUUCCUGUGAGUGGAAUGAUUUCUGAAGGAAGCACUACAGCAAACAAGGAGCUCUAGUUCCAGGGUUGAGCAGAAGCUUUUCUCACAGGUGGCAGGAGGCUUUAAGGUGGGGCUUGUCUGCAGGAGAUAUAAUGUCCUGACAUUCAAGCCAUCUUCAUUUCCAAUUUAUUGCAGCUGCGUUAUGGAAGAAAACAGAGUCUUGGGCUCUGGCCUAGGUUCAAGUUCUUCUCAGUCACUGACUGGCCAUUUUCUCAAUCAUAAAAUGGGGUUAAUCAAUAGCAGAAGUGACUCAGAGGCUUGUUGUGUAUAAAAUGAGAUAAUAUGUAGAAAGUGGAGCAUGGCUAAAUGCCCAGUAAGUGGUAGCUGUUUAUGAAAGCAUUGUUGCUACUGGGUUCUUUCCUCACUAUGCAUGGCUUCAGGUAGCUGUUAUAAGCUCUGUGAGCCUCAGUUUCCUCAUCUGAGAAGUGGGGUCAAUGAGGAUUAAAUGAGAUGCUGUGCAAGCACUUAGCACACUCUCUGGCAUGAUGCAGUUACUUAAUAGAUGUCAGUUUUCUUAACCCUCACAUCAUCUUUGUCUGCUUGUUGGCUCAUGACUGAAAUUCCUUCAUAAUAAUUUCCAUUGCAGAGGUAUCUUGUUGACAAGUACUACCAAAUGGAACUGAUUUUUAAAAACCAUCCUUUAAAAUUUUCUCCUUAAGGUGGAAAGAAGGAAAAAGAAUACGGGUAUUGGGCACCUGGAGAAAAACCCAGGAAAGGGAACAGGGGAGCAGAGAUUGGCUAAGAUAAGCAUUUUGUGUUCUACCAUCCUCCACAGGGUGGAUCUUGUCAGCUCUACACCCUCCUGUCCAAACUUCUCAGCCUGAAGGAUCAGGAAACUCUGCCCUACAACUUGUAAGAAUCCAGGAGUCCAAGCUUUACUGAACCUUGGAGGUGGGGAGGGUACAAAUUUUUGAUAACCGUUGUUUAUAAGGUAGGUGGCUCUCCACAUUUGGAGACUGUCUCCGCUACCUGUGGACUUCACUCUUACAAACCCAGAGCACACUAGCAUACCUCUAGGCUAUUUUGGUUAAACCCCAACACUUAACGCUGUAAAAGUUUCCCUCCAUAUGCCCCUUUGGUCUUCCUGCAUCAGAGAUCUGGAGUCACAACCGCAUCAAGAACCGUAGUUUGAUGAUUAAUUAGGCACAAAUGUGGCACUAGGGUCUCACAAUGCCCUGUGGGACAUCUGCUACGUUCUUUUCGAUUUUUGCCAUCAAGAUGCCAGUUGCUUCUUAGUGACUAUCAAAUAGUCUUAUUAGUCCUCACUCUGGGCGCCACUGCCGGGUGGGGUGGGUGAGGAGAGCUUAGGGACCGUGCAGACCUGGGGAAACAGGAGCUGCCACCAGGGGGCGCUCGCCUGCGGAGAGAGUCUGACGGAGGCGGAGUCAGGGAAGAGGGGCGCCUCCGCAGAGAAGCACAGAACCGCCUCUCCUCCCUCGCCCUUCACCCCCGCGCUUCCUUGCAGUAGGUGAGUUUGAGAAGGUUCCUGGGAUCUUUGCUCUAGAGCGAAAGGCCUUCCCCGCCAGCCCUUGAAAGAUGAGAACCCACACCCUCCACCUCCCGACCAUGCCGCGCGGCUUUGCCUCUCCCGGGGCUCGAGGCUGCGCUUGCCGCUGGGGAUUGGGCAAAUAGUUUCACCUCUAGAUGCUUAGUCAGACUUCUGUAUUUAAUGACGCCAAAGCAUCCAGCUCCUCUCAGACUCACGUGGCUCAGGGUCUGGGGAGCCGACCCUCAAAGCGUGGCCCCCAGCCCGGCAGCAUCAGUUUCAGCAUCACCCCGGACCUGGUUAGGAAUGCACAUUCUCAGGCCCCGCCCCAGACCUCCCAAAUCCAAGACCGGGGGAGGGGCGCCGUCUGUGCUUUGCUGCUCCUGCGGGUGACUGUGAGGCGCUCGACGGUGACAGCCCCUACCCUGGGGCUUCCUACGUCGCUCAGGUGAGUAUGGAUCGCGAGGCGGGUAGUCCGGGUCCUCCAGAGAUCUCCCGGCCGCUGGCUAGGUGGUCACGUGGGCUCUGGGCUUCUUCCCCCCCCCCCUCCCCCUCCCGCCCCUCGCGUCUUUAAAAGGAAGGAGAGGCUCCUCGUUAAGUCGUUUGUGAUCUUUGCAGUGUCUCCGGCUACUGGACCUUCUGACACCCACUCCCUUGCCCCUGCUGCUAGGCCGCCUGGAGAGCGGACGCUGCGACAGACGCCUCUGGAAACUUGCAGGGCAGAGAAGAGGCGGCGGGAGCCGGACCAGAGCGGGACAGUCCAGGGCUGCGACUGGCAUCCAGUGCUGCGUUUGGGAUCUGGGCUGCGCGAGGUGCGCUCACUCUCCGCAGCUGGUACCGCAGCCGCGUGCGGGGAACAGAACUAGUCCGGGAAAAGCACGUGCCGCGUUUCAGUGAUUGCUAGGCGGGUGUGUACGAGUAGGCCAUACCUGUCUAUGAUUCUUUGAGAACAUUAUAAUGUCCCUUUGUGCCUCUUCUCACAAGGAGUUUUCCUAGCUGUUACCUAUUCAAGACAUGGAUAUCAAAAACUCACCAUCUAGCCUUAACUCUCCUGUCUCCUACAACUGCAGUCAAUCCAUCCUACCCCUGGAGCCAGGCCCCAUAUAUAUACCUUCCUCCUAUGUAGAGAGCCACCAUGAAUAUUCAGCCAUGACAUUCUAUAGCCCUGCCGUGAUGAAUUACAGUAUUCCCAAUAACUCGGAAGGUGGGCCUGGUCGACCCACCACAAGCCCAAAUGUAUUGUGGCCAACUCCUGGGCACCUCUCUCCUUUAGCCAUCCAUUGCCAGUCGUCACUUCUGUAUGCAGAACCUCAAAAGAGUCCUUGGUGUGAAACGAGAUCAUUAGAACACACCUUACCUGGGAACAGAGAGACAUUGAAAAGGAAGGCUAGUGGAAGCAGUUUUGCCAGCCCUGUUACUAGUCCAAGUUCAAAGAGGGAUGCCCACUUCUGUGCGGUCUGCAGCGAUUAUGCAUCGGGAUAUCACUAUGGAGUCUGGUCGUGUGAAGGAUGUAAGGCCUUUUUUAAAAGAAGCAUUCAAGGACAUAAUGAUUAUAUUUGUCCAGCUACAAAUCAGUGUACAAUAGAUAAGAACCGGCGUAAAAGCUGCCAGGCCUGCCGACUUCGGAAGUGCUAUGAAGUCGGAAUGGUGAAGUGUGGCUCCCGGAGAGAAAGGUGUGGGUACCGCGUAGUUCGAAGGCAGAGAAAUUCUGAUGAGCAGCUGCACUGCCUGAGCAAAGCCAAGAAAAACGGUGGACACGUGACCCGAGUGAAGGAGCUGCUGCUGAGUGCCCUGAGCCCAGAGCAGCUGGUGCUCACGCUCCUCGAGGCCGAGCCGCCCCACGUGCUCGUGAGCCGCCCCAGCACGCCCUUCACCGAGGCCUCCAUGAUGAUGUCCCUGACCAAGCUGGCUGACAAGGAGCUGGUACACAUGAUCGGCUGGGCCAAGAAAAUUCCGGGCUUCGUGGAGCUCAGCCUGUACGACCAAGUGCGGCUCUUGGAGAGCUGCUGGUUGGAGGUGCUCAUGGUGGGGCUGAUGUGGCGCUCCAUCGACCACCCCGGCAAGCUCAUCUUUGCUCCAGACCUCGUUCUGGACAGGCUUCUGCAGCGAGAAAACUUGAACCUACUGAGGAUGAGAGGAAAAUCCGGGUAUCUCAGCUUAUUUCUAACAAGGGACGAAGGGAAAUGUGUAGAAGGAAUUCUGGAAAUCUUUGACAUGCUCCUGGCAACGACUUCAAGGUUUCGCGAGUUAAAACUCCAACACAAAGAGUAUCUCUGUGUCAAGGCCAUGAUCCUCCUCAACUCCAGUGUGUACCCUACAGCUGCAGCACCCCAGGAGGCCGACAGCAGCAGGAAACUGGCUCAUCUACUGAACGCUGUGACGGAUGCUCUGGUCUGGGUAAUCGCCAAGAGCGGCAUCCCCUCCCAGCAGCAGUCCGUCCGCCUGGCUAACCUGCUGAUGCUCCUUUCUCACGUCAGGCACGCCAGUAACAAGGGCAUGGAACACCUGCUCAACAUGAAGUGCAAAAAUGUGGUCCCCGUCUACGACCUGCUGCUGGAGAUGCUGAAUGCCCACACACUUCGCGGCAGCAAGUCCUCGGUCACAGGGUCCGAGUGCAGCCUGGUGGAGGAGAGUGAGAGCAAAGAGGGCUCCCAGAACCCCCAGUCUCAGUGAUGCCAAGCCCUGAGGUGUGGUCAGGCUGCAGAGGAGGGCAGAGGCUGAAGCGUGAACUCCAGCACAAAUCGUGAGCCCCACCAGGAGGGGGCGGGCUUCAUCGGCUUUCUGCUGUGUGAUCCCUCAUACAGCCCCUCAAGACCAUCCUUCCCCGACCUCCCUACUUCCCAGGAGUCAGGGUGAGAAAGCCAGUGCUCCUUGUCACCAGGGGGCAUGUUUGAGUGCAGAGUUUAUGUCUUGCUUGGCCUCAUGGGAUCUCAUUGUGGUCCCUCUCACUUCCCAUCUCCCUCCCACCCUUUGGAAAACAUCUUCUUACAGCUUUUGGAAUGACUGGUGGAAAUCUGACUUGGAAGCGUUGUCAAGUAGAAAGGGGAGAGAAUGUGGCACAUGCACAGGAAGGGGACUAAGCUUUAUUGUGCCACUUAACCUGCCCGCAGAAUUAGUCCUUUGUAUGCUGCCUUCUGGACCACUUGAUUGUAGGAUUGAAAACCACAAGGGCAGUCAACUAACUGGUUCCACACACCUACCUCACAGGCCUGUGAGGACAGAUGUCACGUAUUGCUGUGACUCUAUCCAAGGCCAGAGGGAAUGUGACCUAGGGAACCAGUGGUCAAGCUGAGAUGCGAGCCAUGUUCAUCCCCCAAGACCUUGCUGCCGCCUUCAUGCAGGUUUACCCCUCUUGGUUUGCAUUCAGAAAGCCUACAAAUUACUUGGUGUGUGUGUGUGUGUGUGUGUGUGUGAGUGUGAGAUCACCUUCAUGGAGAAGUGUGGAGAUUUAAAUACCCCUACCCCUGGAAUUGCCCUUUGUUAAAACUCUCUUGUCCCAAGGGGCCCAGUGUGUGUGCUAGAGAAAGGACCAGUGUUUGCAGGAAUGGGGUCUCUCCUGUGGGUGUGGGUCACAGCCACAGUGCUCCCCUGGGGCAGCCACAACUGCCACAUCAGCCACCCAGGGGAGACAGGGACACUUCAGGCUGUGUGCGUGAGGCAUGCUGUUGCACGGAAGGAUGAACAGCUACACACACGUCAGCGUGUCAGGUUCAGGGCCAAACCGUAUAGACGGGGUGAGCGUACCACUUGAACAAGAUUGUGAACUCUAUUUAAAAAAGAGAAAUAUUUAGGGUAAGUAUUUAUAGCAAGAAAAUUCUUUUAUACCCUAGGGCUCUUCUAGAAUAUUUUCUUAUCAGAACAUUUAUAUGGUGGGCUGGGUGAAAUAAAAAGUAAGAUAUUAGUUCUUAUUCCAAGUGGAACAUAAAUAGGACACGGUGACAAAGCACCUCUGAAAUUACAAUUUUAACUCACUUUUUAAAAACUGAAAUUUUCAUACAAAUUUUCAGGAACAUAGUGAAUGCAUAAAACAAGUUACAUCUAUACUUUGGAAGAGAGUAGUUAAAUAAUCGUGUGAUUUUUGCAAUGUUUUUAAAAAUUACCUUAUGAUAGGAGAUGAAACACACUUUUUGCAAAUAGUAAAUACAGAAAUGUGCUAGCCACAGUAAACCAAAGUCAUUAGGAAGAUUACAUUCAAUAACAUAAGGUUGGUUUCUGCCAGUGUGAUCUUGAAUAAUUCUUAAUUUUGAUAUCAAUGCAGUUUUACUAAAAAAGUUGAGCAAAGCUGUAUCAGAAACUCUUGGCCAUGUACCUAGAGAACACACCGUUGUCUGUAUUGAGGUGAUUUGAAAUUAUUCUUAGUGACUUGAUGUUGCAGCCUCAGCAAGAUUGAAUACAGCAAAUAUAUUUGAUUUUGUAGGAACGAGGGAACCAGUGUUUUUCAGCAGGUCAAUUUUCUUUCUUUCCAGCCAGUUUAGGAGCCCCCAUGACAAACAAGGGGAUGGAGGCUAGAGAGUGGGAAGUGGGAGGCAAAGGAAGGCAGCCGUGAACAGUUAUUUGCCAAUGAGAUUCUCUUAAUUGUAUUUAUAAAAGAGACUCCCAGGUUGAAAAAGCAAAAAUAAAAAAACAAAAACAACACAGAAUGAGGUAGAAGCCGCAACCCCAUUACUAUGUAGUGAAGUUUUGCAGGUUGGAUUUGGAUGCCAAGGUAGGCAACCGAUUUGUCUCAGGUGUCCCAGCACCUGUCUGCGCCGCACCCUGUGUGUCACCCGCACGGUGCACGCUCUUAUGAAAACUCCUCCAGUGCCCGCUGCCCAUUUUCCACAGACACUCCUGCAUGCUUCUUGGGGCUGCUUGUUUCACUGCAUUUGGAUUUAGCCCAUGAGGAGCAUGCAUGUAACACUUUUGGUCAUUUCUUCUUGGCUGUGGUCUCACCUAGGUGUGCUGAGGAACCCGGUCAGUCAGUCCAACCUGAGAGGCGGCCCUGGUGCAAGGCUGUCUCUUAGACUGGGGUCUGGGCCAAGUAGGCCACUGAGAUAAUAAGGUCUAUAGUUUAAAGGUGUUCUUUGUUUUGUUUUGAGUAUUCUAGGGCCCUUUCCCCCUUUCAGAUGAAGUGUGUGAAUCUCUGUUCCCAGCAGCUCCAAACGUGUCCUCUAAGGAUGACAAAGUGCAAAGUCAGGCUGCUGUUUUUCUGGGUUUUGAGUAAACCCUCCAUGUCCAUUUUAAAGAUUAGCCAUUUCUCGUUAAUAGUGCUUUCUUAAAAAAAAAAAAAAAAAACCAAAACGUAGUGCUUUCUUUUAAACGUUUUCUUUUGGGGGAGGGUAUCUACCCACCCAAAUGGUCCACGGGCAACUUAAAUUUCUCCCAUAGCUAAGCACAGUGUUUUCAAGUUCAGUUUUUAAAAGGAAUUAACUAGAGAGGAUAGGACCUGACAACUGUAAACAAGAAUUAAAUUGAGUAUUGGAAAAAAAAAUAACCCCCCCAACUACAUUUUAUGUAUCAUGGAAAAGGGAUGCUCAGCUUUGCCUUAGACUCGUAUGGUGAGAUUCCUUUCCUACAUUUUGGUUUGUAAGUGAUCAUUUAAUACGCCAAACUUAGUUGUGGGAGAUGAGUGAGAUUUGAGCUGAAUUCCAAAAACAUGAGUGUCUAAUAUGGGAAUCAUAGAGACAAAUUUUAAUGAUAAUUAACAUGCAAUAUUCUUAAUACAGAAACCCCUAGCGCAGUGUUCACGCAGGUUCCUGGGAGAGCUGGCAACCGCUGAAAAGGACCCACAUGGGCCACCCCAGGAGGGCCACGCAGUGAGUUGUCCACGUUCCGACUGCAUCUCCCUCCGUCCCCACCACAUCCUAUCCUUGUGGCCUCAGGCCUGUCACAUGCUCAAUUGUCCACCAGGACUAACUACAAAGGAUUCAACCCUAAAAUAAUUUUUGAAGAGAUUUAUCUUCAAAAAUUGUGGUGGGAGCAGCAGAUUAAGUUGUCAGCUCAAGAACAUUUCUGGAGGGUCUUAACUAUUAAAAACAAAACCAUGCAAAAUCAACAAAAGCUAUUCGGUGAGACAGUCUUUAUCUGGAUUACUUCCUCUGCUAACUCAGCUGGAAGACCAAUUAUUUUCAGUUUCACUUAAAAAAUAUCAGUUCCCAAUUCUUGGCAGAGCUACGUUAUAUAUUCAUAUCUAUAAGCUAUGUUGAAGCAAUUCUAGAAUGUUCUAGCAUGUGAAAACCGAGUUUGGUUGUUAUUUAAAUCUGCUAAGAAACUUGCAUAUAUUGAUACCUUUUCAAAUUCAAAGGUGAACCUUCAGUUUCUAGUCUAUUUUGAAACGAAACAUUUUUAUUUAAGAUUUGACACAUUUCUUUAAACUGCUCAAAAAACUUAAAAAGACAUAAUAAAGGUUAUAUGAAGGAAAUGAUAAAAAUACAUUGUUUAGUACCCAAAAAUAGUAUUUGCGGAACAUUGUGUGCCAGGCACAGUGCUCAGUGCCUCAUACAUUCAUAUUUAAUCUUCAUACUAAUUGCUGUUAUCCCAGUUUUGUGGCUCUGGAACCUAGAGUCUAAGCAAACUUGCUCAAGGUCACGCAGGGAGUAAGUGACAGAGCUGAAAGUAAUCAUGCGGUUUAAAAAAACUAAAGGAAGAAUACUUUUAGACUGCAGAAUCCAUUCGUCAAAUGCAAUCUGACAUGCACGGCUACUCUGGUUUAAAUGGCUCCAUUUCCAGAACACCCUGUAGAAGAGAGUUCAGUCCCAUCUUUUGUACACGUGUAAAUGAAAGCCCAGAGGGGUAAAUGGACCUGCUGAAGGUCAUAAAACUACGUAACGACAAAACUGGGACCAGAAUUCAGGUCUUCUGCCUGCCUGGCCAGCACCGCUCCUGCUACAGACUUGCUUCUGCUGCUUGAGCUGCGUCUCGGUGCAUAGAGGAGACACGGUUACGUUAUGGUUGCCUUCUACUGUACCCUCUGCCUUCUCAGCUUAGAUGGGGUCUGCGUGAACCUUUACAGAAUAGCAGCCGUGACAGGUGGGGAAAAAUAAGAUGAAUUACAUCAUUCCUACCCUCCCAUCCUGGGCUCAUAAGCUCGUGGGUGGCACUGCCGUCACCUCCUCCUGUCAUCAUUUUCCCCAGAUGUGUUGCUGUGAAGUAGAUUCCCUGGAAACUUACCCGUGUAAAAUUCUCACACCUUUUAGGCACUGAUGCUUCCCCGUGGAGUCUAGUCUACUGCAGUGCAAAACACAUGCAUUUAUUCUUUACAGCUCUCCAAGUUGCUGGAACUUUGGCUCAAAGUGGCAGCUCAAAGAUGUGCAUUCUCUGCGGUGUUAUUCUUGUAACCCUUUUUGUUGUGUUGGAGUCAAGGAUCCUUUUUCUUUUCUUUUUUUUUUUUUUUUUGAAUGCCGAGGGUCCUAUUCAUUUGUGGGGCCAGUCGGUGUUAUGUGAUGGUGGGCUUCCUUUAAGGGAAGGACAAAGCUCUGACGAUACGCUAGCCCAGAACAGUUCCUGUAACUCUACAAUCUGUGCUGCUGCGUUUCUCUUUCUGUGCUGGGUGUCUAAGUGCCAUGACUGUAGGUCCUGUAACGUUGUUAUUCAGUGGUCCUGUGUACCUCAGAGCCCACUGGCUGGCUAUAACUUGUCAUUUUUUUCAGAUGAAUGCUCUGUACCAUUAAGCAGGCUUUUAAAUUUGGGCCUUUUGACAAAUGAAUGUCUGCUGUUGUGUGAAAGCAGAUUUUGAAACCUGCUUUCCAUUCCUCCAGGUACUACUUUUUCUUUGCUGUGUGCCUUUAAUGUCUAUGGAACUGUUGCAGAAAGAAGUUUAAUGUGGCAUAGCUAAAUAAAGUGUUUUUUCAUAAUUUUGGUUUUAAAAAUGUAUUUGUUGGGAGUAUAAGAACUUUCAGUAAUUAGGCUAAGUAGUCAGUGUUCCCAUUCUAUUCUGAAUUCUAUUCUGUUUUAGGUUUGCAGAGCCCUUUAAGAAUUUGAUGAAAAGCACAGACACUCUUCCUGGACAAAGGUACAUAAACAAAAUGCUUACAUACAAUUUCAAGAGUUAAGAAUCUCUGACUUAAACUGCUGAAGACUUUUUAAACAGCAGCAAUUUAAUCUUUAAUCAGCUAAUCUCACACCUGUGA